CACCACCGUCUCCUCAUGCAAUACUCAUGAAACCUGAAUGUUUACUGUUGUAUUGCAUGGAUUGACGACGAACAAACAUGGUAGCGCUGCACCCCUCAUCCUGAAACGCUCAACAGCUCCGUCUCUGGAAAUUACCUACCUAGAUAACCCAGAAUAUCUUGAACUGGAAGAUGUGCCACUUUGCCUUCCCUCUGGGCUCCCUCUGCCUGACGUGCACACCCUGACUUUGAACAUUGACGGGUACAUUGCGGAAGGUAGGGUCGGGACGAUCUAUCGUGUAACUGUCGAUGCAUUGGCCUCUUCGGCGGCAGAAUCAUUCCAUAUACUUCCCUUGGUGGUAAAGAUAUGCAUAUGCGUUCCAGAACGGACCAGCGGCGUCCUCAACGAGGCUGCUUUUUGUGACGAAAUGGAGGUGCUGCAAGGGUUCUGUGUGCCACGCCACUAUGGACUGUUCCAAACUAAUUAUGAUCUGUACGAACUUGAGAUCCCGAUUCUACUAGACCGAAAAAAGAGAGACUCGGAAGAGUUCAGACGUGAACGAGGAGACUUGACAGAGACGACGACAAAACCCCUGAGCAAUCAUUUACGACGACCUAGUCACUGUCAUCCUUAUGGAAAGCAUAGGUGAUGGGCUGAAGUUAGGCGGCCCACUUCCGCAAGGCGUGAGUGAAGACAUGUUUGAUAUGUAUAGUGAUAUUGGCAAGCUUUACCUAUAUCACAAUGACAUACGGUACUCGAACUUUCUAUCAGCAUUGCCGGAGGAUCAAGGGGGUCUGCCCAGCUUGCCUUCCCCAUUUACCGGUCGGACUUAUAGUUGGCGUGCACUUUGAUCUAAUGAAGAAAACUUCUCUACCGAAAGUAGCAUUUCGGGCCUAUCAUUCGUCUUAUAUCCACCGUUUUUAGACAACGUUUCGUACGGUUGUAUCGUAGAACCGUUGGAGCGGUAAGCUUAUAUGGUACUCUAUCAAAUCGAUUCGUGUACGG